AUGGCUGGUAACAAAAUAAACACUAAGAAAAAGGAAGAGAAGGGUAAAUCAAACAGAAUUGCUGGUCAAUCUAUUGAGGAAACUGAGGACUUUGACUUCUCCUUGCUGAGAAAACCAAUACAUACUAGUGUUACAGGCUUUGCUCAAGCAAGAAAAGUUUUCGACUUAGCCACUGAGGAGCUCAAAGGUUUACUCAGCAAUGAAUGUGACUUGUUAUAUGAAUGUAAAGUAUGCAGGAAUAUAUUCAGAAGUUUAGCUAAUUUUAUAUCACAUAAGCGUGUCUACUGUAAAGAAAAGUUCAAUCCCUCUGAACAUGGACAUUUCAUUAAAAAUACCUCCUCUCUAAAUGAAAUUUUGAAAAUAAGAAAACUUGAAGAGAGCUAUCAGGAAAUAAUGAGGAAAGAAAAUGAGUCGAGUGAAAUGGAUGUAGAUGAGACAGAAGAAAGGAUUCCACUCACAAAAGAUCUUACAGAUAUUAUAGAAAGGAUAUCUAAAACUAAAGGGGUACAGCAGAAGGAAUUAAAGGAACAAAAUUUAGUGUUUCAAAAAAUACCAAAAAGUACCGUUGCUGUUUUCCAAAAUAUUGAAAGUAAUGAGAACAAAACCGAUACAAUGAAGGCUGAGGUUAGUGAAUUGGACAAUAUGUUGUCUCAAGAGAAUGCAGUGUUACAAAGCGACGGCACAUUCAAAGUACAAAUCAGCGAUGUACAAAUGAAUUCAGAAAAUGUUAUACAAAUUAGUGAUGAUGAAGACAAUGAAGGUGCACCAUAUUCUGUCAAACAUGGUGUUCUGAAAUGCGAAAUUUGUGAUUUACAGUUUUCAACUCAGAAAACGUUAAAGUUCCAUAUGAAAUAUAAACAUUUAGAGAGUCGUUUGGUUUAUCCUUGUCCCGAUUGCUUGGACAUCUUCUCAACAUCCUGGAGUGUUUAUAGACAUCUGUUCAAAGUACACAGAAAAACCGCUGCUCAAAUCCGUCGACUGCGAGAGUCUAUACAAGCUAAGGCAUUUAAAAUGAACAACCCGCCAGCAUUUUACGAGAAACGGAAGUCCGUUUUGAAGAAUUUUCCAGCCCAAAAAAUUACAGAGGAAGAAAGAAUCUAUCAAGAGAAUCAGUCUUGGGAGUUGGAGGUUGAAGGCGAGGGUCGUCGUUGCGGUGGCUGUGGUCGGUCGUUUGAGCGUAGAGCAGCACUAGCAGCUCACGCACACACAUGCGCUAGAAGACACACACGAAGAAUACAAAUACAGAUAAGGAAGGACUAUCACAAGGAACAGAGCGCGCCGUACCUCGUCAUCAAUAGAAACGAUGAAAAUAAACCAUCUGAGGAGAAGAAUGAAAAGCCGCCAGAAAAAGAAAUCGAAGAGAAAGAACCGAAACCUCUCGAGGAAGCUGUUAUGAGUACCGUUGAUGUGAAACAACCAGAGACCGAAGAUUACAGAGACGAUGACACACAAGACGUGCCGACUGGGAACACUCUACAGUAUUACACGAAUACGCUUAUAAAUAAAUUACCAUUCGCCCAACAAGCGGAGAAGAGCAAUUUGAACGCAUUCAAAACAAGAUUACAAACAGACGUCGAAAUAGACCAACUUUUAUGUAAAAAAUGCAAUAGUAAAUUUGAACAAAUAGGUGAAUUAUUGGAACACGUCGCUGGACAUUACAAAUGGUUGCGUUAUGCAUGUAAACUCUGCAACUUUAAGCAUUUCAACUUUGAUAAACUCCCGGAACACGUUAAAGUUGUUCACAAACUCAAAGGCGAUACUGAUUUCUACUAUAGUACCGUGAAAGCCAUAGACGGGUCGGAAGCCAGCGAUUUAUCUGCCCCCGUAGAAGAAUUAACCGAAUCUAAUGAAACUAGUCCGGAUUCACGACGUCCAAGCAGAUGUUCCAGUGAUUCCAGCAGAUUAUCUGAUGAUAGCUCCUCUAGCAGUACACGAGUCGAAACCGGUUCAAGAAAACGUAAAGCACGACUAGUCAAAAACAUCGCCAAGAAGAAAAAGGAAACUGUUGUCAUAGAUGACAAUGAAGAGAGUAAAGACGUUAUGCAUAAAGGAGUUUUGUUAGGCGAAAACGAUUCGUCCUCUAAUUCAAAAAUAUUCGAAGAAAAUUCAUCAGAUUUGGAAGAAGUUGAUGAGAAAAUAGCAAAGCGCGAAAACAUGACAUCAGUAGCAUGCCGAAGACCUGUUCGUAAGAAAACUAAACGAAAGAACGAAGAUUUCGAAUACGAUCUAUCGAAUUUGUUAAAAAUGGAGGCACAGGGAUAUCGUGAGUCACAAGUAGUAACACCAAAAACUGCUCCUUCUAAAAAGAAAGUGCAACAAGAUGUUAACCCACAAUAUGAGCCUAUCAACAAAGAUUGUUGUGGUGCACUUGUAACGAUGUCGAGAUCCUCAGUAGGAAAAGCUCAAGCACAUAUGAAGACUGCAACCUUUGCCGUGUUUAACACUUCGAAAGAACCUCGUGUAUCAAAUAUUUUUGUGAGACCUAUGGUACCUAAAAUUAAUAGAGUAGAUAAAAUAUCGCCUAAGAAGGCUGAAAAUGAAGAAACUAAAGAAAUCUCCAAUCCUAGUCCCACUAAAAUAAUUGACACAUCGACUUUAUCAAAUCUCUGUAAGGAAUUGGUGGUAACUAAAGUUGUAAAUAAAAAAUCUGAGGAAAAAGAAGCAAAUUCAUCCGCUAACGAAACUCCAAAAGAAACAGAUCCGAUACCUCAAGUAGAUAAUAAAACGGUCGGCGACGAUAGUAAAGAAAAAAAGGAAGAAUCGACUAAAGUAUUAGAAGUAGAAACAAAAUCUGACGAAAGUGUCUCAUCCGAACAAACUAAAUCUAAUGUGAAUGUACCAACGAUACUUCCUAUAAAAUUCCGAAGACAAAGUUUAGAGGUAAUACAAAAUCCCUUAAUAAAGAAAAAUAUCACGGACUUCACAAAAGCCGGUAUGAAAACUAAAAUUUUAGUAAUCAAACCCAUCAAUAGGAGCACCGAUGGAACAAAAACACUAAAAUUCCAAACAAUAAAAUUGAAAGACCCAAACAAGACUACCACAAAAACUGAUGAAAUUAAAACCGAUCAGGUCGUCGUUGUGAAAGUUCCCAAAGUGGAUUGUUCUAUAAACAGAUCAAUAUCAGCCAACGACGUUGUGGUACUUGAUGAGAAUUGUGAUGAAAAUGAAAACGAAAAAGUUAAAACGAGUUCUUCAAAUCCAUCAAACCCUACAGGUGAAAACAGUAGUGUUGAAGAUCCUAAAAAAGACAUUAAAAUAGAUAAUGAUAUUGACUCGGUCGAAGACAAGCAUGAAUCAAAAUUAAUAGAAUGUAUAGAAUUGGAAGAAGCCGUGAUGCAAUCUGGUUGA